GUAAAUUAAUUAAGGUUCAAUCAUACUCUUAAUUUAGACAAUUGAAAUCAUCGAACCUUAUCCAUCAUAUUUCAAUGCUGAGAUAAUCUAUCACAAAAAAUAGUCAAAAGACUUUUUGCAACUAUGAAGCUUGCACAAAUAUACAAUAGGUACGCUGAUACAAUUAAACUUGAUAAGCAAGCUUUCUUUAAUUAGCUGUCAAUUGAAUCAUGUUGUUAACAUUAUCCUGUUCUUUCUUUGUUAAUUGUUAAAUUAAAUUGAAUUAAAAGUUAGAAAAAUAUUUUUCUUGAAUAAUUGCGUCGUCUAAUUCGAUUGUUUAUCUUAGGUCACGGGCAGCAACCUGUUGCAUUCCGUCUCAAUAUUCUCUUGUCAUUUCCACAAGACCUUCGGUUUUUUUCUGCCCGUUGUCAAUUUGCUGAAAAGCUAAACAAAUUUGCUUUGAGUCUCUUGAAUUUCUGCUCUUCUUUUCUACCUUAUCAAGAAUUUGUCUGGAUAAUUAGACUUUUUUAACCGGAGAUUAUGAUUCGAGAGUCCAACUUUUCUUGGCUGUAAUUAUCUGCGGACUGCUAACAAACGUAGGCACCCUGCAGUUUAUUUGUUUCUUGCAGUUUGAUUAGGAGAUGAGAUUUGCGAGAAAAGUGCUCAUUUUUCUUUGAUGAAAUAAAUAACAGGUCGUUGUUAUAAGGAUUAAUUAGCCAAAAACAUCUGCCUUCGGUCUGCGCAAUGUUUUUGUGUGGAUUUUGCGUUCGUCUUUGUUCAUCUUAAUUUCCUUACGACCUGCUCAAGUGCGUAUAGCUGAAUGUUAGCUCUUGAUAGAUUAAUCGAGGCAUUAUGCUUCCUCAAAGUUGUCUAAAAGGACUCUCAUUCCUGGCUGGCUGACUUGACCACUACAGCAAUUAAAAUCUAUACCUUCAAACAUGUUAUUUUCGUGAUGAGCUGUGGAAAUCAAAAUAAUUUAUAUCGACCAGCUUUAGGCCAUUUUGACUUUGGCUGUUCGGUCUAGAAGCGUUUAUAUGUUGACGACGUGAUUAUUACAACACGACCCUACUCUCAGCUAUACAGCGAUUGCAGCGAGGAUUGCCAUUUGAAAAACAAGCUCUUUGCGUCAAAGAAAAACACUUGCAGUCACAGUCGGAGUUGGAGAUUUCUAUUGUUAAAUGCUGUAGUACUAAAAAGGUAGGUCAACAAACAUUUGAAGGACGCAUUCAAAAACUCAGCGUUUGUAUGGAAAUUGAAAUUGUUUUGGGUUGAGGCUUAACCUAACUUUGCAUGAAGAAAAAUUUCAACGAACGAUAUGGUUUCAAUUUGAGGAGCCAUUAGGAUUACAUUUUAGAAAGACAUGUAACAUUACCAUAAAGACACCGAAAAUAAAAUAAGAGAUGAGGGGAAACAAUGCAAUUUCCAGGAAGUGUUUCUUUGGCAAGGUUAUUGAUGUUUAUUCAAGGGAGCUUCCUACGCGUUUAUAUGUUGUAUGAUAUAUUACUGAUCUAUUUGCAUACACAUUCAAAUUUGCUAGAUGCAAAUGAAAUAAAAUAAUUUGUGUUCUCUUUCAAGCAACUAAGAUGGCAGGAUUAUUGAAUCGGGAAACAUCAUCACCCCUACCUCUGCGCUCCUCGUCUGUUUGGGCAGACAUACGUGGCUUUACCGCGCGGACAACAGCCGCAUUGACGUAUUACAAUGAUCAUCGGGUUGAAAUUGAAGCAAUGUUUGUCAUGCCGCUUGAUUUUUCAUCUCAUGUCGUUGAAUUUGAAGCUAAUAUCGAGGGGCGAUAUCUUUUCGUCGAUAUCGAAAAUGAAAAUGAAUCAGAAAAAAAGACUGCAAUUUACGACUUUGAACCACGUAAUGACGAAAAAUUUUUGAUAAGCAUUGGCAGACUCUCGCCUUGGAUACUUAUACAAGUACAAGUUACAGUGAUCACUGAAAUUUUCUGGAUGUCUUACAACUCUGCACUGGAAUUCUUGCUACCCAGUGUCUUCACCCCGCGAAUUGUUUCUGACUUAUCAAAAUACGAAGAAAUGAAAAGCAAAGACCCAAGAAUGCGAUUUGCACCGUGCAUUCCCGCCAUAUCAACCCUAGGUUACAGUCUUGAGAUCGAAGUAAGCAUCGAGGCCCCUUGUCGUGUUACAAGGGUGUCUUCUGGAACCUAUCCUAUUCAAUUUGAUUCAUUAGCUCAAGACGAUGAUUCCGCAAAAAUUCGCGUUCAAUUACCUGACAAUUUCAAGCAUGUUGACAAGGACUUUCAAUUGUCAUUUCUUCUUGAAAAACCACGCGAACCGUUUAUUUAUAUUGAGCAGGCCCGGCACACACAUACUAACGAAUUCGGGGAGAAGAACCCAAUAAGUAAUAUAAUGAACAACCCUGUUUUGAUGUUGAGCUAUUCGCCUGAUUUUUCUAAUUUGCAAAGGGAAGAAACAAUGGGUACUUCAGAGUUCAUUUUCAUGAUUGACCGUAGUGGCAGCAUGAAUGGCAAUCUUAUCAACAGUGCAAAGGAGACGAUCCUUUUGUUCCUUCAUAGUUUGUCAUCUAAUGCGUAUUUCAAUGUUUUAAGCUUUGGGACCUACUUUCAAAGUCUUUUUAAAGAAAGUCAGCCAUACUCACAAGCGAAUCUCGAGGAAGCAUGUUGCUACGUGCGAAAAAUUCGUGCAGACAUGGGAGGGACGUCAUUACUGGAGCCCCUUGAAUGGAUUUUCAGUGGACCAGUUCGCAAGGCUGUGCCACGCCAGAUUUUUAUGGUAACAGACGGAGUUGUCACAGAUUCAUCGAAAGUCAUUGAAUGCGUCAAAAAGCGAAGUCAUCUCACAAGAAUUUUUACCUUUGGUCUUGGAGAAAACAUUUGUCUACCUCUGCUGCGUGACUUGGCUCUCAUUACACAUGGAAGGACAGAAGUCAUACCAGUCGGCGAGCGACUUCAACCAAAGGUAAUCGAAAAGAUUCAAGUAGCUUUACAGCCUGCAGUUACAAAUCUACGUGCAUCUUGGAUCUUGCCAGAUGGUUAUGACGUCAUCUAUACUCCAGAACAUAUACCGCCUUUGUUUGACGGAGACCGCCUGACGAUGUACGCAAUUCUAGCAAGGAGAAAAGAUUUGGAGGCUACUUCAAACGAGAAACGCUCUCAGAGAUCUUCCUCUGAUUCUGUUAAAGAAUUCUGGUUUGAGGAAGAUGAAUUCGAAGUGGAACUUAUUUGCGAUGAUCGGUCAAAUAAAGACAUCUUAUCCAAAAGUACUUCCACGCCAAGCGAUAUUUCGCAUCAUAGUUUAAUUGAAAAUCGGCUAGAUCUUAACCAUUCACAAGAGCCGGAUGACUUUAACGACAACGAGGUGUUUCUCACCGAAGAGGAGGCAGAACGCCUCACAGAGAGUAAUAGCUGGCAACAUGGUAAGCGUAGUUCCAUUGAUCGUGUGCAGUCGUGGCGAGUGAGUCGGAAUCCUGACUCUGUUGAAUCAGAUAACACCCUUGGUGUACCAUUGUACGAGGUGCAAUGGAGGUCAGCAGAACGCUUAACGUCAAAGACAUCUACCGGCAGCACAUUCAAGGAAAGUCAUUUCAGUGCUAGUACGGGUGAUAUAAGAAGUCACUAUAUUCUUUGUCGCGACGGGGGAUCACAAGAUCAUGGUGUAGAGUCUUUGCCAAAAUACCUUGCCCAUCCAGGGUAUCCAACACGUCACAACUCGGCUAGAAGCAAUGAAGGACGAUCACCAGUUCAAAAACUCUGUACAGAGCUGCCAUAUUGGGAUACAUUACCGAAUAUGGAGAAUAUAAAAGCAAGUGAUUAUCCACUUGCAGGUGGCUGUCAUAAAGUUUCAGACGAUAGGCGCUCUGUGAAAAGUCUUGAGCUGGGCUAUGGGAAGCCUCUUAGCCAUGACAGUGAAUGCCUUGACGAUGUCUUGCCAACUUGGUUUCAUUCGAACAAAGGUAUUCAAAGCAACGUCGAAGAAGAUAUCGAAAUGAAAGGAUAUGAUGCGAAUAGUCUGCGCAAGGAAGCUCGCAGGUUAAAGCAAUCCUUAUCGGAUGACCACGUCAACACGCACUUUAUUGAAGAAUCAAAUUUCCAGACAAUUUGUCAAAUGUUGGAGGUCCUGGUGCUCGAUAAACGUCGACGAUUGAUAGAUUAUAUCUUACAACAAGAAGAGUUCGUGAAAUGCUCGUGGGGUAGGGAACACGAUAGAUAUAAACAGUCAUUGGUUGAGAGCUGCAAUAGAAGGGAUAGUGGUCUUGGGAAUAGAUCAUCUUCGGAACCAAAAAGCGAUCAUGAGGAAGACGCCAUGAUGUCAGUUAUGCAUAAUCGUCUGGAUCCAAAAAGAAACAAUAAUGGUCUCGUUUCAAAAUCAUCCAGCGGGUACUUUGAGCAGGAAAAAUUUCCAGACGAUCGUCACAUGCACGUUUCAAAGUCUGAUCUAUAUAAAAGACAGCAUUCGGACGAUUGCCAUUCUGAAAGAAGUGGAAAGUCGAAUAAAUCGUUGGGUCGACCUCAUUCUGGGCUUGAAGCUGAAUUUUCUUCUGAUUAUGUUGCUGGAAAGUUUGGACGUAGUGAGGCAACCGGUACAUUUUAUGAUCGAGCAAGAUCAGUUACAAGUGAUGCAGCGUCAGCAAAGAGUUGUCGGACCUCAUCUCUCAGCAACGACAAUGUUGCCGAUAGGAAAUAUGCUGCUUCGCACGGGAGCAAUAGACUAAGUGCAUCUGCAGAGCAUAUUUCCCGCAGGAAAUCGCGAGAUGACCGCGUGGCAUCUGCAAGGAGCGAAGAUACACUCAGAAAGCGUAAAAGUUGCGACAGAUCAGUUGAUGGCGGAAAUGUAACCCAAGAGGCACAGAGCAGCCCUCAAAGGUCACCUGGCCCAACAGAUGGACAGAAUAAAUCUGUUUUUUCCUCUUUCAUCGAUGGUGUUAGAAAUUUAGCUAGCCGACUGUCAGAGCGAACAGACCAAGGAACAAGUAAGGAGACAAACAGCAGAACAGCAAUUUCAGGAAUCUUCUCACGGCAGAACACUGGGGAUACAAAGUCGAGCAAAGGAGCUUUGGAGAGGCAGAGCUCAGCAGCUGAUUUUGAAGGAAAGGCCAGCAGAAGUGGCACAACAAAGUCAGAUGAGACAAGACCAGAUGAUCGCAUUCAUUCUAAAAGGAGACAGUUGCAGAGUAUUGGCCGAUUAGCCAAUAGCAUGUCUUUAGACAAGCAGAGUGAAAAACUUCCAGUCAAUCGCCAGUCAUCAAUGAAGUAUGCAAAGCCACUGCUAGAAAGGUCAAGGACAAUUAGCUCGUCUUUUAUGCAUGAUUUGGGCGAUGGGGAGGAGAUCAGUGGAGACAACGUUGCAUUAAACCCAAACCAAGGGAUGAUUUACCUGACAGGAAAUGUAGGGAGGCGCCUUUUCAAGAGGCUUAUACCGUUUAAACUUGCUCUAGACCAGGAGAACAGCACAGAGAAACCAUUUGAGCCGACCAUCCACCAGCUGGCAGCCAAGUCAAUUAUCCUGGAUCUUGAGCGGCAACUAGAAGAGAACACAUCAUUGAACAUCGAUGGCAAGGAAUAUAUCACGACAUUAAUUGGCGAAGUAAGCAGAUCAGCAAAAGUGGCUUCCAAAUACUCAGUGCUUGUUGUUAUAGACGACAAAUGCAAAGAGCAAGAAGCUGUUUUCAUUAAGAAAUUCUCUAAACGUCGAGGACGCUCUCUUAGUCACCGUAGUAUGCCAAAUACAUCUGAAUUACAGGCAGAAUCGCCACCAAUGUAUGAUAUCCAAAGAAAAGAAGUCAAACAGAUCGAGUUUGGCAACAAAACUCACAAAAUAAUGACAACAAAAUUUACAUUGUUUACUCCAAAACCACCUGAAAAUUCAACACUGCUGUCUCCAGCCUCGGCAUCACGCCACACGUUACUUGUGCAGAAGAGGUUGUUUGAAUCAUCGGGAUACAUGAAAAUGGUUGACAUCCAAUGCUCAGAUGGAUUUUGGAUGUUGAACGAGGAGCUAGCUGACGUCAUCCCUGCCCCAUUGGCAAAACUCAGGCAAAGCUGUCCUUUUGUGGACCCCACCUUCGACCUUAACAAUGACAAAGAGAUCCAUAAAGGACUGGAGCUCAGCGAAGUUUACGAAAAAAUCUGGGCAACAUCUCUGGCAGUUAAAUGGCUGUUGCGUUCUUGGGCCCAAUAUAAGGCAGAGUGGGAUCUUGUAAUACAGAAAGCAAGUAAAUGGAUGAAAUUUCAGAGAUUGCCUGCAGGUUUUGGAAUUGAUGAUAUCAAUCUCAUGGCUCAGCAGUCUUUAGGAGUCAUGUUAAGUAACUCAAGAAAGUCUUCAAAUCAUUAAAACUGUCGGCUGUUGGCUGCUAGAGUUAUGUGCACAUUGGUUCAUCUUUAACUUUGCUUUAAAUAACAUUAAGAGAUAGUAAGAAAACCAUUAAUAGACAAGUUGUUUUCCUCUUUGUGGCUUCUCAGCCUUAAACGAAAUAAAAAGAAAAGUAGUUUUGUUGCAUAGCUAUGGUGGCCCACAAGGGUCACGGAACAUAUCCAUAAUUUCCACAGCAAACAUUCUUUUUUCAGAUAAACUUUCUCUCACAUUCACGGCACACAUUCUUUCACAUUCACGGCAACUUUCUGUCAUAUUCACGGCACACAUUCUCUCAUAUUCACGGCAAACUUUCUCUCACAUUCACGGCAAACUUUCUCUUAUAUUAAUGACAAACUUUCUCUCACAUUCACGGCAACUUUCUGUCAUAUUCACGGCACACUGUAGCGAUGUCAGGCCGGGACCGUCACUCUGAUGCAAAUUGUACCCCUCAUGUCAAAUAUGUACCUGACGGGUCGAAUUUUCAAACAUGAAAGAAGUAAAGAAACCAAUCAAACUAAUAGAUGACUAUCAGAGGCGCAGUGGCUGGGGGGGCAGGGGGGACAGCCACCCCCCUGGCAAAAAUUUUGUCGGAUAGUCGGAAAAUCCAACGUUUAUCGGAAAAUUUGAAAUAUUAGACAAAAUGUAAGGUUUUCAUCGAUCCUGUCCAAAAGGUCGCAUAUUUUUUUAAACCUGUCGUAAAAUAGGGCAUGCUCAACCCUUCUUACCUAUUUUCAUUAGAAUAUUUGUCGGAAUCUUCACAUUGCUGAAAUUUGUAAAGGAAAUUAACGCUCUGGUCUCAGUUAUUUUAUAAACUCCCAUUUCCGACAGUUAAAAUUCAACUCAGUUCAUUUCGAAAUGAAUUCGCUGGUGUUGUAGAAGACGCAAAAAGUUAUUGUUUUCGCCAUGACUUAGAAGAGCAAAAUUUUGUCGAGCGACGA